ACAGUACUGGAGCUCUAUCUGUAGACCUCUCUCAUCUCCCACCAUGGACUGGAGAGCAUCUACAGUUUGCACACUGCUUCUGGUCCUUACCGGCAUUCAGGUUGAUUCAAAGACAGUCUAUCCCAGCAACCAUGGCAACAACAUCUGUAGCAUGUGGGGAAACUUCCACUUCAAGACGUUCGAUGGAGACGUGUAUCAGUUCCCAGGGAUGUGCGAGUAUAACCUGGUCUCCGACUGCCAAAGCCUCAUUCGCCAGUUCUCAGUUCAUGUGAAGAGAACAGAACACAGCACUGGCCCAAAGAUCAGCAGGGUGUCGAUUUCCAUCAAUGACAUUGGCGUUGAGUUCACAGAGGAACAGGUCGUAGUCAAUGGAGAAAAAGUAACGCUACCCGUGCAUGUCGCAGGGAUCCUUGUGGAAGAGAACACAAUUUACACCAGACUCUAUUCCAAAAUGGGCAUCACUGUCAUGUGGAACAAAGAGGAUGCUGUUAUGGUGGAACUAGACUCCAAAUAUUCCAAUCAGACUUGUGGACUGUGUGGUGACUUCAAUGGAGUUCCAGUUUAUAGCGAGUUCAUUGAAUCUGGACGGAGGGUUGGCUAUGCUGAGUUCGGUAAUAUGCACAGAGUUCCCAACCCAACACACGUCUGUGAAGAUCCUUUUGAAAGCGACGAUGAGGAAAAUGUGGUGGACAAAUGUGAAAAAUUUCGGGCAGAUUGUGCAGAUCUUUUGGAGGAUGAAAAGUGGUCUUCUUGUAGCUGGGUUUUGAACCCAGAGCCAUAUAUCAAGGCCUGUAUGAAUGAUAUUUGCUCGAGCCAACCUGAAGAUGAAGACACCAGCAUCUCUGCGCUUUGUGCGACUUUGUCUGAAUAUUCACGUCAGUGCUCUCACUCCGGAGGAACUCCACCAUCCUGGAGGACAGCAAACUUCUGUGCCAUGAAGUGUCCCUACAAUAUGGUACAUUCUGAAAGUGGCUCUCCCUGUAUGGACACAUGCUCACACAAAGACACAAAUGAACUGUGUGAAGAACACAACAUUGAUGGAUGCUUUUGCCCGCCAGGAACUGUGUUCGAUGACAUCUCAAACACGGGCUGCAUCCCAGCAGAAAAGUGUCAGUGCAAGCAUGACCGCGUCUACAGCUCAGGAGAGAUUCUACGCAAAGAUGAGGAAGAAUGUAUAUGUAAGGAGGGAAACUGGAUCUGUACAAGUAUUCCUGGCCCUGGCCUGUGCACAGUAGAGGAAGGAUCUCACUUCACCACUUUUGACGGGAAAGAAUUCACUUUCCAUGGAGAUUGCAACUAUGUGCUCUCAAAAGACUGUAAGGAGUCCAAGUUCAUCAUAUUAGGUCUGAUUGUUCCAUGUUUUAGUCAUCAAACUGACACCUGUUUAAAGUCUGUUGUGGUGCUGUUUGACAACGACAUGAAAAAUCCUCUGAUUAUUAAAGCUGAUGGGACGGUACAACACAAUGCAGAAAUUUCACUUCCUUAUAUGACAGCUGACUUCACGGUGUUCAUGCCAUCAUCGUUUCACAUCAUGCUUCAGACGACCUUUGGGCUGCAGGUGCAGGUACAGCUGGUGCCUCUUAUGCAGGUCUACAUCACUGUGGACCAAAGCUUCCAGGGCAAGACUUGCGGUAUCUGUGGAAAUUUUAACAAAGUGCUGUCAGAUGACCUCAAGACCCCUCAAGGAAUGGUGGAGGGUACAGCGGUUUCCUUCGCAAACGCCUGGAAGGCCCAAUCCAACUGCCCCGACCGUACUGAAAGACUGGAUGACCCCUGCUCCUACAGCAGUGAUAGCGAGCACUUCGCUGAGUACUGGUGUUCCAAGAUGAAGGACAAGGAGAGCCUUUUUGCCAAAUGUCACAACACUGUCAAUCCAGACAGCUACUACAAAAGAUGCAAAUACUCCAGCUGUACAUGUGAGAAGAGUGAGGACUGUCUGUGUACAGUGUUCUCCUCAUAUGCACGGGCCUGUGCAGCUAAAGGAAUAAUGCUCCAAGGCUGGAGAGACAUCGUGUGCAAGAAAUAUACAGAGAAUUGCCCAGCCUCCCAGAACUACUCCUAUGAGUUGCAGAACUGUCAGCGUACCUGUCUGUCUCUCACCUCUGAGCGCCAAAGCUGCAGCGUUGACUUUGUGCCCGUUGACGGAUGCGCAUGUCCAGAGGGACUCUACCAGGAUGAGAACGGACUGUGUGUACCUAUGGAAAAAUGCCCAUGUUACAACAACGGACAGAAAAUUAAUCCCGGCAAGUCUGUCACCAUUAGGGAAGAACACUGUGUUUGCAUGAAUGGAAAACUUCAUUGUCGUUCCUGGAAAACCCAAAUUCUGGGAUGUUCCUCUCCAAAGGUUUUCUUCAACUGCAGUACAGCAGCCCCAGAUGAACAUGGACUGGGGUGUGCAAAGACAUGUUUGCAACAGGAAGUUGACUGUUUCUCACUGGACUGUCAGUCUGGCUGCCAGUGUCCUUUUGGUCUAUUGGAUGAUGGGAGAGGACACUGUGUUCAACCGGACAACUGCCCGUGUAAACAUGAUGGACAGUAUUAUGCACCAGGAGCUGAGAUAACCAUAGAUUGCAAUCAAUGCACUUGCAAACGGGGGAAAUGGAAAUGUACACAUUAUAAGUGUCCAGGCAUAUGCACCAUUUACGGCAGUGGACAUUAUAGAACUUUUGAUCAGCGAAGAUUCGGCUUUAGGGGAGAUUGCAGUUAUAUUGCUGCUCAGGACAAGUGUGGAGAUAAAACUGGCAACUUUCGUGUGAUCACUGAGAAUAUGCCUUGUGGAACAACAGGAACCACAUGUUCAAAGGCUGUCAAGAUACUUUUGGGGAGGACUUUGCUGCUGCUUUCUGAUGGAAUUGUAAAACCCAUUGAUACUGGAAGUGGUCCAAACAUCGAGUACACUAAGAGGAACAUUGGGAUGUACCUUGUCAUUGAUGCUAACAUUGGACUGACAGUUUUGUGGGACCGCAAAACCACCGUCCGCAUCAUUCUGCAACCUCAGCACAUGGGAGACGUUUGUGGUCUGUGCGGAAAUUUCAAUGGAAAUGGAAAAGAUGACUUUACCACCCAGGGAAAUUUGCCAACUUCAAAUAUCCUGGAGUUUGUAGACAGCUGGAAAGUGUUAAGCAUUUGCCCGGAUGCACAACCAGACUACAACCCAUGUCAUGAGACCCCCAAUCGAGAGACAUGGGCAAAAAUACAAUGUAGCAUCAUCAAGGACAUCAAGGGUCCAUUCAUAGUCUGCCAUAAAAAGGUGGAUCCAAACCCAUAUUAUGAGAACUGUGUGAAGGACUCGUGUGCAUGUGACACAGGUGGAGAUUGUGAGUGCUUCUGUACAGCUGUGGCAGCUUACGCUCAAGCCUGUAAUGAAGCAGAUGUUUGUGUGAACUGGAGAACACCUGAGAUCUGCCCUGUGUACUGUGACUACUACAAUAACGGAACGGAAGAUUGCACAUGGCAUUACAGUCCUUGUCAUACACCUUGCUACAAAACCUGUCUCAACCUUAAUGGUACCUGCAGUGAUAACAGUUUACCCCAUCUGGAAGGAUGUUAUCCAAAAUGUCCAGAUGAUAAGCCUAUUUUUGAUGAGCAAAAUCAGAUCUGUGUGGAGGAAUGUCCAGAGCCGACGACUACACCAGAACCUACCACAUCACCUACCCCUACACCAACAACUACCACAAAGUAUACUACAACUACACCAGAACCUCCCACAUCGUCUACCCCUACACCGACAACUACCACCGAGCCUACUACAACAACACCAGAACCUCCUACAUCAUCUACCACUACACCUACAACUACCACAGCAUCUACUACAACAACACCAGAACCUACCACAUCAUCUACUCCUACAACAACAACUACAACAACAUUAGAACCUACCACAUCAUCUACCCCUACACCGACAACUACAACAACAUUAGAACCUACCACAUCAUCUACCCCUACACCAACAACUACCACCGAGCCUACUACAACAACACCAGAACCUCCUACAUCAUCUACCACUACACCUACAACUACCACAGCAUCUACUACAACAACACCAGAACCUACCACAUCAUCUACUCCUACAACAACAACUACAACAACAUUAGAACCUACCACAUCAUCUACCCCUACACCGACAACUACAACAACAUUAGAACCUACCACAUCAUCUACCCCUACAACGACAACUACCACUGAGCCUACUACAACAACACCAGAACCUCCUACAUCAUCUACCACUACAACGACAACUACCACAAAUCCUACUACAACAACACCAAGACCUACCACAUCAUCUACCCCUACAUCAACAACUACAACAAAGUCUACUACAACAACACCAGAACCUACCACAUCAUAUACCCUUACACCGACAACAACCACAAAGUCUGCUACAACAACAGAAUGUUUAAUAUGUUGGUGGACUGACUGGUUUAAUGAAUAUAAUCCUUUAGUAGGAGGAGGGCAUGAUUUGGAGACUUAUACAAACAUAGCAGAAGGUGGAAAAGAGAUCUGUGAAGAGCCACUAGAUAUCGAAUGUAGGGCUGUGGGUCAGCCUGACAUGAGCUUUAAUGAUUAUAUUAAUCUUUCAAAUCAAGUUGCCCAUUGCAAUGUUUCAUAUGGAUUGGUGUGUAAGAAAGAACAACAGAAUGUCCGGCCCUAUAAAUGUGUGGACUAUGAAAUACGUGUGUACUGCUGUAUCCCUUGUUCAAGUACCACAUCAUCUACCACUAUGACAACAACUACUACAAAAUCCUCUACCAAAACACAAGAACCUACCACAUCAUCUUCCCCUACACCGACAACUACCACAAAGUCUACUACAACACCAGAACCUACCACAUCAUCUACUCCUACACCGACAACUACAAUAAAAUCUACUACAACACCAGAACCUACCACAUCAUCUUCCCCUACACCGACAGCUACCACCGAGCCUACUACAACAACACCAGAACCUCCUGCAUCAUCUACCCCUACACCGACAACUACUACAGCAUCUACUACAACACCAGAACCUACCACAUCAUCUUCCCCUACACCCACAACUACUACAACGUCUACUACAACACCAGAGCCUACCACAUCAUCAACUCCUACACCGACAGCUAUUACAGCAUCUACUACAACAACACCAGAACCUCCUACAUCAUCUACCCCUACCCCGACAACUACUACAGCAUCUACUACAACACCAGAACCUACCACAUCAUCUUCCCCUACACCGACAGCUACCACCGAGCCUACUACAACAACACCAGAACCUCCUACAUCAUCUACCCCUACACCGACAACUACUACAGCAUCUACUACAACACCAGAACCUACCACAUCAUCUUCCCCUACACCCACAACUACUACAACGUCUACUACAACACCAGAGCCUACCACAUCAUCAACUCCUACACCGACAGCUAUUACAGCAUCUACUACAACAACACCAGAACCUCCUUUAUCAUCUACCCCUACCCCGACAACUACUACAGCAUCUACUACAACACCAAAACCUACCACAUCAUCUACCCCUACACCAAACUACAACGUCAUCUACCCCUACACCAACAACUACAACAAAGUCUACUACAUCUACACCAGAACCUACCACAUCAUCUACCCCUACACCGUCAACUACCACAAAGACCACUACAACAACAGAACCUACCACAUCAUCUACUCCUACACAAACAACUACUACAGCACCUACUACAACAACACCAGAACUUACCACAUCAUCUACCCCUACACCGUCAACUACGAAAAAGCCUACUACAACAACAGAACCUACCACAUCAUCUACUCUUACACAAACAACUACUACAUCUACUACAUCUACACCAGAACCUACCACAUCAUCUACUCCUAUAAUGACAACUACAACAAAGUCUACUACAACACCAGUACCUACUACAUCAUCUACUCCGACACCGACAACUACUACAUCUACAACUACAACACCAGAACCUACCACAUCAUCUACCCCUACACCAACAACUACUACAAAGUCUACUACAUCAACAUCAGAACCUACCACAUCAUCUACUCCUAUACCGACAACUACUACACCAUCUAUUACAACAACACCAGGACCUACCUCAUCAUCUACUUCUACACUGACAACUACUACAUCUACUACAACAACACCAGAACCUACUACAUCAUAUACUCCUACACCAACAGCUACCACAAAGUCUACUACAACAACACCAGAACUUACCACAUCAUCUAUACCUACCACGACAACUACAAUGAAAUCUACUACAACAACACCAGAACCUACCACAUCAUCUACUCCAACACCAACAACUACCACAAAGUCUACUACAUCAACACCAGAACCUACCACAUCAUCUACUCCUAUAUCGACAACUACUCCAGCAUCUACUACAACAACACCAGAACCUACCACAUCAUCUACUCCAACACCAACAACUACCACAAAGUUUACAACUACAACACCAGAACCUACCACAUCAUCCAUUCCUACACCAACAACUACAACAAAACCGACAACUACUACAAAGUUUACUACAACAUCAGAACCUACCACAUCAUCUUCCCCUACAACGACAAGACCCACCACAUCAUCUUCUCCUACACCGACAACUACUACAAAGUCUACUUCAACAACAGAGCCUACCACAUCAUCUACUCUUACACCGACAACUACUACAAUGUCUACUACAACAACACUAGAACCUACCACAUCGACACCAGAACCUACUCCAUCAUCUACUCCUACACCGACAACUACAACAAAGUCUACUACAACAACACCAGGACCCACCACAUCAUCUACUCCUACUCCGACAACUACUACAACAACAACAACAAAAACCACCACACAGUCUACACUGACAACUACAACAAACCCUACACCGACAACUAUCAAAAAGUCUACUUCAACACCAGAGCCUACCACAUCAUCUACUCUUACACCAACAACUACGACAAUGUCUACUACAACAACACUAGAACCUACCACAUCAACACCAGAACCUACUCCAUCAUCUACCCCUACACCGACAAUUACAACAAAGUCUACUACAACAACACCAGAACCGACCACAUCAUCUACUGUUACACCGACAACUACAACAACAACACAAGAACCUACAGCAUCAUCUACCCCUACACCAACAACAACACAUCUAUUACAACAACACCAGAACCUACAACACUAUCUACCCCUACACUUAUUCCUUCACCAACUCCAAAUUAUGACUGUCCAGAAUGGGACAAAAAUACCAAUGAGACCUUCUACUUAUGUGACUGCUAUAUGGCGAGGUGCAUAGAAGACAACAUCAUCGAAAUUAUCCCAUUUGAAUGCCCUCCACUGCAGAACAUCACCUGUGAAAAUGGCAAAGAACCAGUGCUUGUAAAUGAUGAGCAUGGCUGCUGCCAAUAUUAUGCUUGUGACUGCUUUUGUGAAGGCUGGGGUGACCCACAUUACAUCACAUUUGAUGGACACUUCUACAGUUAUCAAGGAAACUGCACUUAUGUAUUAAUGGAGGAAAUCAGACCUAAAUUUCAUUUGAAGAUCUACAUCGACAGUGUCUACUGUGACCCUGUUGAGCGUGUAUCCUGUCCCAGAUCUAUAAUUGUGUCUUACAACAAACUAGUCAUAACACUCACAAAUCACAAUCUCAUAGGAGGUGCAGACCUAGAGGUUUUUGAGAACAACGUAAAGAUACCACUACCACAUGCACGUAAUGGUGUGAGAAUUGUAAGCUCAGGUCUAGACUUGAUCCUGAGUAUUCCACUGCUGGGUGUUAAUAUAACAUUUGGAGCCACUGGUUUUGGCGUUAAUCUGCCUUUCCAGCUUUUUGGAAACAACACACAAGGUCAUUGUGGAACAUGCAACAACAACAAGGCUGAUGAUUGCAUGAUCCCUGGAGGGAUCUUGGUGGACGACUGUGCAGUGAUGGCAGAUUACUGGCCAGCCAGUGGUGUGAAUGGUGAUAUUUGCACUCCACCUACUGCAUUACCUCCUGUUGGGGGUGACAAACCUACAUCUAAGCCAUGCCCAGUUAAUCCUGACUGCAAUCUCCUCAAAAGCGAGGUGUUCGAAGCAUGCCAUUCCCAUAUGUCCCCCGAUAACUUCUUUACAGCAUGUGAAUAUGACAGUUGUCAUAUGAGCAACCCUGCCGUGGUGUGUACCAGUCUGCAGACUUACGCAAGGUCUUGCUCUCAAUUAGGGAUUUGCAUACACUGGAGGAACUACACUAACCUUUGCAAUAUUGAAUGUCCAGAAGAUAAAGUCUUCAAUCCUUGUGGUCCAGCUGAGCCACAAACCUGUGCUGAUACACCUGGACAGAACACAAUUAAAGUGCCCACAGAGGGCUGCUUCUGUCCCGAGGGCUCAUUGCUCUUUAACGAGGAGUCAGGAGUCUGUGUGAACAAAUGCGGAUGCCUGGAUGCCUCUGGAACACCACGUGAGUUUGAUGAAGUUUUUGAGUACAACUGUGAGGAGUGUAUCUGUGAGAAGGCCAGCAAAUCUAUAAACUGUAAGCCCAAGAAGUGUGCUGAUGUGAACCCCGCGAGCUGCACUGAGCCUGGCUUUGUGCUGGUCAAUGUCACUGAUCCUUCAGACCCAUGCUGCAGCAAACAAGUUUGCAAUUGUGAUGUCAACAUGUGCCCACCUAUGGAUACAAAGUGUGCAGUCGGGUAUGCACCAGUCUUGGAAGUGCCUGAUGGAAAAUGCUGUCCAGUAAUCAAAUGCGAGCCAAAAAAAGUGUGCGUCCACAAAAAUGUAGAAUAUCAGCCUGGUACCGACAUCCCUGUUGUUGACUGUCAGGAAUGCAGCUGUACAUGGGACGUGGAUCCUAAAACGCAGUUCUUCAAGAUCAAAUGUGGAUUUGUGCAAUGCAAUGAAAAAUGUGAUCCUGGUUAUGAAUAUCUUGAUACGAACCCUGACGACUGCUGUGGAAAGUGUGUGCAAACUCACUGCAUUGUCAGUAUUAAUGGCGUCGAUCAUAUACUGAAGGAAGGAGAGACUUUGCCCUCGACAAAUCAGGGCUGUGAUAGAAUCACGUGUACUAAAGUUAAUGGACAAUUCAUCACCAACAAAUACACAGUCCAGUGUCCUCCUUUCAACAUUACCAACUGCCAGCCUGGCACCGUCCAGCUGUCAUCUGAUGGCUGCUGCAAAGUUUGUUCGGACCAAAUUAAGGGAUGUCAAGUACAGACCGUUCUCGAUUACAUAAAUCACAACGACUGUCAGUCAGAGAAGAAAAUGGACCUGACAUUUUGUGGUGGAGACUGUGCUAGUUUUAGCAGGUACACUGAACCUGGAUUGUCCACUUGUACCUGUUGCCAGGCCACUCGCUCAAGUAAUCGCACAGUGAAUCUUGGUUGCAUAAACGGAGACAUAGUGCCCUACAUGUACAUCCAUGUUGAGGAGUGCGCCUGUAGAAGAACUAACUGUCAUAGACCAGGAGUGGGCCACACACUCAUUGAAGACAGUCAAAGAAAACGCAGCUUAGGACUUCCGUGAGCUGAAGCAGUAAAUCAUCCUUGAUGAUGAAAUAUGAAUUCUAUGAAAACCUUGUUUGGAAAUUAAUUUAAUUUGCACAUGCUUUGUUUAACGUUUCUAAAACUUUAUCUAUAGAUCUCUUUUUUUCUUUUCUUAAAAAUGCACACUAUUUUGCUUGUGUUUGAAAUUAAAAGCAAUAAAAGCAUCUUAAACCUAAA